AUGCUGUGGCAAUGGUUAAGCGGGCCGCUGUCUGUGCUGUGCUGCGGGUUUUGCCCCGAUUUCUCUAACACUUUUUUGCUGGUUAAUGGACGGAAGUAUUCGAUAGUGAGGUUGCUGAAGGAGGAUGACAUGUCCUUCCUGUAUCUGGUACGGCUAGAAGAUGGCAUGCCUCUGUUAAGUGCUGCUGCAAGUGGGGACGAUGACGAUGGAUAUGAGAGUGUGAAUACGUACACUCUUAAGCGGAUACGGUGUCCCAUCGGGAAUAUUAGCAAUGUCUCCGAUGCUAUGCGGGAGAUAGACAACUAUAAAAGAUUCCAAAGCCCAUACGUGGUAUCUAGCGUUGACUCACAGGUGAUACAAGAACUGGACGGAGCAAAGACGAUAUAUAUAGUGUUUCCACACUACCCAUUGGGUUCGCUGCAGGACUCGAUCGACGACAGAAUACUGGAUGGCACAUUUGUCUCUGAAAGUGAAUGCAUUCGCAUAAUGUGUGGUAUCGCUCGCGGUUUGCUGUGCUUGCAUGAUUCUAGCAGUGCCCCUAGAGGGGUAAGGACAUUGACGACAGGAGUUGAUGAAGGGGCUUCCGAUAACGUAAACACGGACUUCAAUUUAUCAGAUAACUUGGGAGAUGACAGGGAUAAGAUUUCUGCUUCUUACACGGAUGAAGCAGGUUUGUCCAUGGAUGAACAUCUUCUUGAACUGGACUCUAUAUCUACUACUUCAGUUGUGCCUGUUUCCUACAGUCAUAAGAUGUUAUCUCCAUCGAAUAUUAUAUUCUCCUCGAAUGGGUUACCAAUUAUUUCAGAAUUGGGUUCUUGUUCGAAGGCUGAUGUUGAAAUCAAAACUGCGAAGCAGUUAAAUCGAUUAAGAGAAUGGGUAGAUGAUAAUUUUAAUAGCUAUAUGGCGCCCGAGUUUCUAGACCUUAAGACCAACUCGAAAUUGAGCACGAAAGUAGAUGUUUGGUCAUUCGGUUGUAUCUGUUAUGCACUUUUGUUUGGUAUGAACCCUUUUGAAAGAGAAGAGCAAUUAUAUGGUGCGUCGAUAAAAUAUGCUAUAUCCACCGGCAAGUUCAGUUUCCCUUCACAAUCGCGUUACUCUGAUAGCAUAUUGGAUAUUAUAAGAUCAUGUCUGCAAGUGGAUCCUUCUGAAAGGCCAUCUGUUAGCAUUGUACUCAACAACUUGCAGCAAUUGCAAAGUUAG